CAGCUGGACUCUGGUCCCUCUGCAGCAUCCGAGCAUCCUUCCCCCUCCUCCAGUACCGACACCUGUCCUGGGACAAUGGACGACGUCCCCGCCAUCAUCAACAUCGCCAUCGCGCUGCGGAUCCAGCCCAACGACGGGCCCGUGUUCUUCAAGGUGGACGGUACCCGGUUCGGUCAGAACCGGACCAUCAAGCUGCUCACGGGCUCCAAGUAUAAGAUCGAGGUGGUGGUGAAGCCUGGAAGCGUCGAGGCCACCAACAUGAACAUCGGCGGCAUCAUCUUCCCUCUGGAGCAGCAGUCCAGGGACGAGGAGUCGGUGGUUUACCACGGCCAGUAUAACACCGAGGGCGUCCCGCACACCAAGAGCGGGGACAGGCAGCCAGUUCAAGUCAGCAUAGAGUUUAACAAGGCGGGGACGUUCGAGACGGUCUGGCAGGCCAAGUACUACAACUACUACAAGAGGGAGCACUGCCAGUUUGGCAACAAAUUCAGCAACAUCGAGUACGAAUGCAAACCCAACGAGACGCGGACCCUGAUGUGGAUCAACAAGGAAGCGUUCAACUGAGUCCCAGGAUGCCGGCCGGUUACUUUUGAACAUCAACAACGAACGUUUGCUGAAGGCGUGGAGUCAGCGAGGGGGCUGCUGUUUGUAUCGUUUUAGCAACACUGGACAGAAAGAAGCUGUUUGCUAUGCUGGUCUUUACUGGGCUUCGCUUUAAAGGUGCACUCUGCAAUGUCUGAAAAAGCUCAACAUUCAGAAAUCCCGACCCAGAGACGUAAAAGCAACGGGACUGAAGGGGGAAGUCAUAUUCCUGUAUUAACCAUUUAUAGGGAAAGGAACCACAUUUGGUAACUUCAGCACAUUUUAAAUUGUGUCCCUGUUCCUCUCAGUGAGGUUUAGAAGCAUGUAGUUUUCAUUCAGUGUCCUAUAGAGGAUUAAAGGCACUAGAAGCUGAGAAAAGUUGCAGAGUGAAUCUUUAAAGGAAUUAACGUUGGAUGAGGAGGAUGGUGUGUGUUUCAAGUCAGGAUGUGUUUAUCUUAGCUCAAAGACCAAAAUAAGUAAAUUGUUUUGAACUAAUCUGGACUGAAGUUCCCAAAACAUUUACCUGAAGGAAACACUGUUCACCAUUUAUUCAUUCACAUUUUAUAUGAAGGUUACCUCGGCAACCAGAGACUGACCGUAGCGACAACAGAAAGCUGGAUUAGGCUAAUGUUGCUAGGGCUAAUUUAGAUGCUUUUAGCUAAUAUUAGGCUAAUAUGACAAGGUGACCAGAUUUCUGAAAGGAAAUCCAAGUACAUUUACAGCUUGGAGAUGAAAAAAUAUAUAUACGAUUAGCAGUCAGAAAAUGUUCCCUUGGAAUUCAGCCUCUGUUCUAAACUAGGCUAACCACGUCCUGUAUUUUACGAAAGACUUGAAAUUCACAUAAAUCUCCUCAUCUGACUUUGGAGAAAAUGCUUUUCUUGAAUUGUUCCAAACACAUCCAGCUAGCAUGAUGUUAGCAUGAUGUUAGCUGAAGACCAGGAUGGAAGACACCUGAUGCGUUUUAUUUUGUUUAUUUAUCUGUGUGGAGGUCUGUGAGGGGCAGUGUGUAUGUCUCUGUUUUA